UUUCAUCUUGAAUGGUGCAUGAGCAUUGCUGAAUGUUUACUAUCGCCAAAAUUCUUAUCGACUUUGCGAGGCGCGCUCAUUUCAUAUAUAACCGAGCUUGUUGAAGGUGCAUUCAUUUGUUUAGAGUUGAUUUUUGAAGGGGGUGAUAUGAUGAUUUUUGUGUAUGUGUGCUUGAUUUUGGCGGUGGGCUUAGUUGUGACGAGACUGUAUCUGACUUACACGCGUUGGCCGAAUUGCAUGAAAUGUCUUUUAGGGAAAACUUGCAUAGUUACCGGCUCCAAUACGGGAAUCGGCUAUUACACUGCUCUGGAUUUUGCGAUGCGGGGUGGCAGGGUGAUUCUGGCCUGCAGGAAUGAAGAAAAGGCAAACGAGGCGCAGAAAAAGAUUAUCGAGGCGACGGGUAAUAAAAACGUGCACGUGAGACUGGUGAAUUUUGCCUCUUUGGAUUCGGUGCGCGCUUUCUGCGAGGAGUUCAAUAGAACCGAGGAGAAGCUCGACAUCUUGGUGAAUAAUGCGGGCGCGGUGGGAACUGGCAACAAGAAGACCAAGGACGGCAUAAUGAUACAAAUGCAAAUCAAUUACUUUGCCCCAUUUCUGCUAACACAUCUCCUUAUAGGAAAGCUGCUGAAGGCGGAGAACGCGCGCGUCGUUAACGUGUCCUCGUUGCUCUCGUACUACGGGCAGCUGGACCUGGAGCACUUCAAUGAAUACCCGUUUUCUGGGAACAUGACGAAAUCUGAGCUGACUAUGUACUAUACGUCGAAACAGUGCGAAGUGCUGUUUACCAGAGAGUUGGCGAGAAGGUUGCGCGGUACGAGGGUGACCUGCAACGCUUUGCAUCCUGGCAGCAUCAUGACCGAUAUAUGGAGGAACGUGCCAAAUUGGUACAAGCCGUUCCUGAUCUUCAUCAUAAGUUUCAUUUUCAAAACGCCGCAUCAGGGCGCGCAGACCUCCAUAUACUGCGCCCUCUCAGAUGACCUGAAUGACGUUACCGGCAUGUGGUUCGAGAACGCUAAGAUUACAAAAUUUUAUCCGAGCCAUCUAGACGACACUUUGGGCAAGAAGUUGUGGACGCGAAGCGAAGAGAUGGUGAAGCUACGGAGCGAGGAGAUGAUCCCGGAGAACGGCUACGUAAUGUCCCAAGCAUAAAUUCAUUGUCAUUAACAUAGAAAUGUAUCAUGUAAAAAUAUAUAAAAACACAACAAUUUACUUCGUGCAGUAAAUAAUAAUGUUUAUCUAGUCCACUCGUUAAAAAUCCUUCGAGUAAUUAUUAUGUACUAGCGCACACGAUUGCAGUAACCUUCGUACAUUUUGUUGCGUUAGAAGUAUUUUGAAUUUACGCAAUGCGACACAACUUCUCUAUUU